AUGGCAACAGCAACAACAAAAUUAACAAGGGUUUUUUCAAGGUUCUUCAUUAAUAAUGUCAACAACAAUAGUACCAACAAACCUUUGAGGGUAAUGGGAUCUGGGUCUUCUUUUAAUGGGUUGGCUAAGUAUUCAACAUCUGCAGCUGCAGUAGUGAAGGAUUAUGAGGAUUAUAGAAAGUCUUUAUAUGGUGAUAUUACACAUAAAGCUUUGCUCGUUGAUGCUGUUGGUACUCUUGUCGUUCCCUCACAGCCCAUGGCUCAGAUAUAUAGACAGAUCGGGGAGAAGUAUGGUGUGGAGUACUCUGAGGAUGAGAUACUGAACAGAUACCGAUGGGCUUAUGGGCAGCCUUGGGGCAGAUCUCGUCUCAGAUAUGUAAAUGACGGGAGGCCUUUCUGGCAGUAUAUAGUCAGUUCUUCCACUGGCUGCUCAGAUACUCAGUACUUUGAAGAGGUUUAUAACUACUAUACCACUGAGAAGGCCUGGCAUCUCUGUGAUCCUGAUGCUGAGAAAGUGUUUGAGGCCAUAAGAAAAGCAGGUGUAAAAUUGGCUGUUGUGUCUAACUUUGACACUCGCCUUAGACCUCUCUUACGAGCGUUAAACUGUGAUCACUGGUUUGAUGCUGUGGCAGUUUCGGCAGAAGUUGCAGCUGAGAAGCCGAAUCCAACAAUAUUUCUUAAAGCUUGUGAGUUGUUGGAAGUAAAACCAGAAGAUGUUGUGCAUGUAGGGGAUGAUCGUAGGAAUGAUAUAUGGGGUGCAAGAGAUGCAGGCUGUGAUGCUUGGCUUUGGGGAAGUGAUGUCCACUCCUUUAAGGAGGUUGCAGAGAGGAUAGCCGAUACUCUUCUUUAUGGUUGUUUUAGUGGUCCAUUUGUCAUGGAAUAUGGUGUGAAUGCACAGCGAACCUUGAGUUUGGCACUUCCAAGUAGUCCACCCGGAAUUCUCAAUAGGAAUGGAACCAUCAACCUAGGAGAUUGA